AUGGGGCGAGUGCAACUCUACUGCCCGUCUACGAAGAAGACGGUCGACGGAUUCGUCAUCGGCGCAUUCCAGAAUCUGGAGCAAGUCCUGCAAGGCGUACGACUCGCACUUGACAUCAAGUACGCGGCGCUGUACACCAUCGAGGCGAAACCCAUCAACGGACCCAGUACGCUCGAAGACGACGAGCGGCUAUUAAUCGCAGCGAGUGAGGAGGAGACGAUGCUGCCCGAUGCACCACCUGAAUGGGUUCUGUACGACGGCGAAGAGGGCGACGAUGUCGACCCAGAUAUUGAGGGCUAUGGCCAAGAAUGGGAUAAUCUAUCUGAUCACGAGAAGUGUCUACAUAUCACCAAUCUCAACAAGCAGAAGCCUGCGACUCGGAACAGGCUACGCAUCACUCGCCCUUACAAGUCGGUUCAAGCAGACUUUCCUUCCAUUGACUACAACUCAAUCCCACCACACAUUAGGAUUGCCGAGGAUUACACCAACAUCGAACAGCGCUGGGGUAUCAAUGUCGAGCACCUCAUUCCUGCCUCCAUGAAACCCAAAUCCUUGGCCCCAAAACCUAGCCAGAAGAGCAUCGGCGUGCUGAUUUUAACUGCCAUCAGUGUUCUCUCUAGCUUUACCCAUGGUCAGUCCCGACUAGCUCUGGAGGUCCUGGAAGAAGCCGUCGCGCUACGCACUCAAGAAGAUCAGGGUGACAACAAGGAUCCCGUGUUGCAGAAGCAGGAUGUGCUCAACGCUAUUGCCAUCAUAUAUGAACGAGCUGAUGUCAUCCCCGAGAAACUGAUAAAGGCAAAGAGUGGGAAAUCAAAGGAGCGUGAGAAGCGAAAGGCGGCUAAGAUCAAAAAGAAGUCUAGCGACUCGAGCACUUGA